UGUGAGGAGCGGAGCUGGAGUGCACGGGUUAAUAAUUCCAAUAAUUCCGUGGCAGCAGCUAGAGCUAUUUUCCCCAUUCCUCGCCCGCGAGGUGUGAGUGUAUAUAACGGCAGCAGAUUUGUUGCCUGCCUCCUUCCAAUACACAGCUGCACUUUCCUCAUCGCCUCCCCCUCAGCAGAGCACGUGUCUCCAUAGUACUACGGAGGAGGACCCGGAGGGGGUGAGGGGAGGAGGGAGCGGGAGGAGAAGGAUCGCUCAGGGAAGAGAGAGCCCUCGCAAAGUUGGGCACUGCGGUCUCUCCUUUCCUCUGGGGACAGGCAGGGCCCAGCUGCUGUGGCCUGACAGAGGUCCUCCUGGAUGAGUUGCCAAACUGUCACCUGCUUCUGAGCGCGCUGUUUAACCUGGCGGGACCCUCAGACUUGGAGGUAACCCCUGACGCUGCCUCGUGCGGGAUCCCUCUGCCCUUCUGGUCCCAGAUCCCUGUACUCUGUCUCGUGGCAGCCUGUGUCCCAGCCUCUCCUAGACCCACUUGUGGAGGAACCAGCCAUCUCUCCAUCUGCAGCCAUGAACUUCCUCCGGCGACGCCUCUCGGACAGCAGCUUCGUGGCCAACCUGCCCAAUGGCUACAUGGCAGACCUGCACCGCCCGGACAGCUCCACCAGCUCGCCCUCGUCCCCCGCCAUGGAGCGCAGGCACACCCAGCCCCUGGCAGCCUCCUUCUCCUCGCCAGGGUCCAGCCUCUUCAGCUCCUUCUCCAGCGCCAUGAAGCAGACCUCACAGGCCCCCGUGGGGCCGGUGGAGCCGCCGGCUCCCCCCACACCGAUUGUUCAAAGGCCCAGAGUCCUGUUGGUGAUCGAUGAUGCCCACACAGACUGGGCCAAGUAUUUCCAAGGGAAGAAGGUGAACGGAGAGAUUGAGAUCCGAGUGGAGCAGGCCGAGUUCUCAGAGUUGAACCUAGCUGCCUACGUUACCGGGGGCUGCAUGGUGGACAUGCAGGUCGUGAGAAAUGGUACCAAGGUAGUGAGGUCCUUCAAGCCUGACUUCAUCCUGGUCCGCCAGCACGCCUACAGCAUGGCCCUGGGCGAGGACUACCGCAGCCUGGUCAUCGGCCUGCAGUACGGAGGGCUGCCCGCCAUCAACUCCCUCUACUCCGUCUACAACUUCUGCAGCAAGCCCUGGGUGUUUUCUCAGCUCAUUAAGAUCUUCCACUCCCUGGGUCCAGAGAAGUUCCCGCUGGUGGAGCAGACAUUUUUCCCCAACCAUAAGCCAAUGCUCACGGCACCGCACUUCCCCGUGGUGGUCAAGCUGGGACAUGCCCACGCCGGAAUGGGAAAGAUCAAAGUGGAAAACCAGCAUGACUACCAGGACAUCACCAGCAUGGUGGCCAUGGCCAGAACCUACGCCACCACCGAGGCCUUCAUCGACUCCAAGUACGACAUCCGCAUCCAGAAAAUCGGGUCCAACUACAAGGCUUACAUGAGAACCUCCAUCUCCGGCAACUGGAAGGCCAACACAGGCUCUGCCAUGCUGGAGCAGGUGGCCAUGACAGAGAGGUACAGGCUGUGGGUGGAUAGCUGCUCGGAAAUGUUUGGCGGCCUGGACAUCUGCGCGGUCAAGGCUGUCCACAGCAAGGACGGCAGAGAUUUCAUCAUCGAGGUGAUGGACAGCUCGAUGCCUCUGAUUGGAGAGCACGUGGAAGAGGACAGACAGCUGAUGGCUGACCUUGUUGUUUCCAAAAUGAGCCAAUUCCUGGUGCCAGGGGGUACAGUGCCUUCACCCCUGAGGCCUUGGGCUCCACAGACUAAACCAGCCAAAUCCCCCGGGACAGCCCAGCUGGGGCCUCCGCUGGGACAGCCCCAGCCACGUCCACCCACGCAAGGGGGCCCUCGCCAAGCUCAGUCUCCUCAGCCCUCGAGAUCUGGAAGCCCCUCCCAGCAGAGGCUCUCCCCACAAGGCCAGCAGCCCCUGAGCCCCCAGUCGGGAUCCCCACAGCAGCAGAGAUCACCGGGUUCUCCACAGCUGCCCCGGGCAUCCAGCAGCGGCUCUCCCAACCAGGCCUCCAAGCCAGGCGCCACCCUCCCCUCACAGCCCCGCCCCCCUGUGCAAGGCCGCAGCACCUCCCAACAGGGCGAAGAGUCCGGGAAGCCAGCCCCACCCCACCCCCAUCUCAACAAAUCCCAGUCCUUGACUAAUAGCCUCAGCACAUCGGACACUUCCCAGCGUGGAACUCCAAGCGAAGACGAGGCCAAGGCCGAAACCAUCCGCAACCUGAGGAAGUCUUUUGCCAGCCUGUUCUCUGACUAACGGGGUCCAGCCUGGGAGGGGGUGCUGUUACACUCUCCCUCUCCCACCUCAUCUUCCUUCUCAGCCUUAGUUUCUGAGGGGAACAGAAUGGAGGGCCUGAGAACAUACUUUCUAAUGCCUCUGACCCAGGAACUGAGUAUCUAUACUUGUCCCCUUCCCUUCUUCAUGACAUUCCAGCUUUGUCCGGCUGAGACUGGGCCUUUGAGAGCCUCCAGGUUCCUCAAAAUGGGCCUUAAUGGUGGGCGUCCAUCACCUGUCUCCCUCACCCCCACCCCUCCACCCCCCGCCCUGGAUGCUUGCUUCCCUGCCACAGAUACCCAAGUGAGAUGUCUGUGUGUGGCUAGUUUUUCACAUCUCGUUAGUGUUUUUUGCUUGCCUUUGGGCAAAAGCCCCCUCUAGGCCUUGCCCACCUCCAUCAAAUGAAGACACUGUAGUAGGACCUCAGCAGUACAGGAGGCAAUAAACUAUUGACAGUGUUUUGCAAACAAAAGGAGACAAACCGGGCCAGCGGAACCUCUCAUCUACCAUGCUAGUUUCAUCUGGAGACCUCACCUGACUUGCAGACAUCAUGACUGGCCAGGCCCUGGUGGGAUCUUGAUAACAACGGCAAGAAACCAGGUCCUGUGAGUCACGUGGGGCCUUUCAAACCACAGCAGAGACCAGCAGGAGACGGUGGGGAUGCUGCUCCCAGCGGAAUGGACAGCCAAGAGCAGCCCACAGGUCCUUUCAAGAAGAGUUUUUGGUUCCCAGAGGCCAUCGCCCUCAGCUUCCUGAGGAGUUAGCUUAGGGCUUCCCCACCCACUAUUACUUGUGUACCGCCAGGAAUUCUCUCUGAAUUCCCUCCAGGAAUGUUGUUUACUCCUCAAGGACUUCUGAGGAACCAGAGAGAAUCAGGUUAACAUCACAGGCUCAGAAAGUUGGGAGGAUAGUAACCUCUAGUCGGCAUUUCACAAACUGCACAGCAAGAUGCUGGCAGGCUACUCCAUUACAAAAGGGUCCCAUGGCCAAACAUGUUGGGGAAACACUGUCUCUAUUGCUCUUUUUGAGGUUGGUCAUACACCUUACAUGUCAACAACUUGGAAUUCCUAUGUGAAGACAUUAGGUUUAGCUGUGUUGAACCCAAACCUGUUUGGACAAGCUGACUGCAGAGCUGGAGAACGCGGCCCUGACGCCCUUCUUGGGCUCCUUCCCGCAGAGCACAUGGCCUCCAGUGACCACGGAGCAGGGCUGUCCCACAUCACAAGCGCCUGGUGCUAGAAACACUGUAGGUGUCAGAGCCAGCCUCCCGGGCCAGAACAGAGCCAUGUGAUCCCUUCCCAAUCCCCUUUGUGACUUGAAACCUGUCUUCCCCUUGCUGUUCACAGGGAAGGGACAGAGGAGGUAAAAAUGAAAGUGCCCGUGGCCUAGACCUGCAUUCUGAGUGAAAGAGCGAGGGAAAACCUGAGGGCAGGUGUAACACCGAAAAGCCCACCAUUUUGGCUUAAAAACAGAAAAUACCUGUAUAAGCAAUCAUCACGCUUGUACAAAGAUUAAGAUUGAAAGGAGUCAAUCUCACCCGCUUCUCAGUAAUAAAAUACAGCUUGAAACACACAGCAAAGGGGCACUAGGUUUGUUUCUCUAAGUGUGGGCCAUGGCUGUGUGCACAGCUAGCUUCACCUCAGACCAGCGAGCCAGGAUUUCUGGUCAUGAGACCCAAACCUCGCUUUGUCCUCUUCCUGCGUGCUUGUGGGAGUUGGACUGGCACCCUGAGCUGAGGCGUCUGGGAAAGCUGCUAUAGGAAGCUAUAUUGGGUGGAAUUCAUUCAUUCAUUCCACUCUCGGUGAGCAAAAUUAGUGGCUUCAUAAACAAUGACUAUAUGGCUUAAUUUCCCCAUUUUCCUUUAUUCUGUCCCUUGUCCAUAAAAACAUCUCAAUGUUCAAACUCUAUCUCCCAGAUAGUACAAGUAGAGUAGCAUUCUGACGUACAGCCAUGCACAGAUGAUCCAUGGCACAGCACUAGUUUAUAACCAACACCUAAGUUUCCCGCUGGUCUGUGUAUGGAAGUCGAGAUCAACAAGGGUCUUGUGGAGACCAGAGAGCCCCCCAAAUGGACUGUUCUCUCACUUCUAACUUCAAUAACUGAUUGAAUUUUUUUAAAUGGGGAAGGACAAAAAGCAGGGGCGAGGGGAGUCACGGGGGCAAUUCUAAAAGGUCAUUUGUUGGUCGGCUGGCUUUGUUUCACCGCUUUGAUCCAAAAAAAAACUCACAUUCCCCCUCCAGGCUGACUUGGUGAGGCUGAAACAUGCCAGACGCAUGUGUGUUGUGUGUGAUAAAGUGUAGCACAAGGAGCAGGGAUUUAAACACAGCCUCCACAGACCACUCCGCCAGCCAGACAAAACACCUUCUUCCAGACUGUCCUCACAGUGUGCGAAAAGUCCUGCUGUUUAAUUAAGUGCCCAGUCAGCUUUCCACAGACACAGACUGCACACCGUUUCUCCUCCAUUAAUUCCCUGUGUUCUCUCUGUCUUACAACAUUCACUCCAACCUUCCGAUCCUGCUCAGGGGUACUUAGUUCUACCUCUCCAACAUUUCAGGGAGACAGGCCUUCACACUCGGUAACAAAUACAAUAGCAAACCCCAAGAGCCCAGACAUAACCACCUGCUGGCAGUUCUCACUUGAAUUUGCUACGAAUGGUGUACAAGGAGAAAGCAAGCUAGUGUAGGUACCUUGUGAACAACUAGGUGAAUGAAACACAGAGCGCUGCUUGACACAGUAGGUGGUCAGGACAUGUUCAGGUUGGAAUUAAUAAAAUGUAAAAAAUAAAAAUAAAAAAAUAAGGCUGAAGGAAAGGUCUCAUUUCUAAGUGUAUCAACGUGAGGAAGUCAUUUGCCCAGGAACAGAAUCAAACCAACAGAGCGAUUAGUAAACUGAGAUAAGCUAAAGAAAAUCUAUGGCAGUUUUUUACCCUCAGGAAGAGGUUGCAGACUCUAAACUGAGUCUGAAAAGGAAUGGGAGCAAACAGCUCAGGGGCCACAAGGCCACCCCCUGGUGAGCACAGCCCAAAGAGGUGAGAAUGAGGUGCCACUGUCAGCAUCAGUCAGAAGAGACUGGGGCGAGCAGACCAGGACACCAGUUUGCAGAGAAGACCCAGGACCUGGACUCCCAUCCUGACCACUCCCUGCGCAGAGGCCCACAGCAGGGCAGAGCUUUCCACAGCAGCGCCCCCUGGCGCCUCCCGCAGGCAGUGCUUUUGGAGCCCCUCCCUUCCCUGCGUUGGGGCAGCAGGUGGUAGCUCAUUCUGUUUGAGAGUUUGAGCUGGUUAAAGCGGCAUUGCAGAUAAUGCCAGGAUUUCUACUGGAGGAAGAGCCCAUGGCCUAGGAGCACUACCACACGUUCCAAAUGUUUUCUCCUGGCGUGCAGGCUGGCUGGUUACUAACUGUCCUAGCAAGUGUCAAAGCUAUCUUUGACUCCUAAGCAGCCACUGAUUCAAUUCAGUGUUCACUAAUAUUUAGGUUCUCAGAGAAGGCGGCACUUGUGGGUUUAGUCAGAGACCAAGUGGAAGAUUAGGCAAAAAGCAAGUCAAAUCAGUUCAUCAAUCCAACACAAUGCAUGCACACAGGCAUAGAAGCUUCGUUUCCAGGCAAACAUGCAGCCACGCUGAUGACAUCUCGGCACUAGUCCUGUGCCCAGGGCUCUCAAGCAGCAGGCCAAGAAGAGAGGGACAUGGCUGGAAAUAGGCAUUCCUUAAGGGAAACCAAUCCACAAGUGAACGCCCCUCCCACAACGUGUCCAUCCUUUACAAUCUUAAAUACCCUCCGAUUUUAUUGAUUGGCCCUCCCAGUUUUAAUUUCAAUUUCCAAAUUCAUAUUUUAUGUAUCUACUCUUCAUGGUCUUUCAGAGUCUAGAGAAGAAAGUUAACACUGUCUUGCCUCUCAUUAUUUCAGUAUGGAAUAGCAGAAAUUUAAGUGCCGGGACCUAUUGGGAAAUGCCAGGAGACAUUAAGAUUAAAUCUUUAUUUCAGGUGACUUACCUAGUACUCUAGUCAGCUGGAGAUCAUGAAGGAGCAUGAACCAUGCUUACAGCCCAGCAGAGAAGUGGGACCUUCCAGUGUCUCCCGGGGGCUGCCCAGGGCAGGAGGAAGGCAAACCUGGACACUGGGCCCUGAGUGUAGGGAGCAAAGGGAAGUGUCCAGCUCUGUCAGAAUAAGAAUGAGAGAUAUCAGGCUAAGCCGUGAUCUCAGGAAUUAGAGGCAAGAGUAAGAGGGCAGAACUCAACUGUUUUCCUUAAGGAAUUAUAAAAUCUUAAGCUGGAAAGAGAGCAUACAUCCCAUGAUCGAUUUCCAGUCAUGCCAAACCGUAUCUUCCAUCUGUGAACAAAGAAGGGGGUGCGAGGGGAGCAAGCUCCUGUUAAAAAUAACUAAAGGGGAAAAUAAGGGGUCACGGAAAGUCAUAAGACCACAAGCCAAUGAUAUAGAACAGCAUCUUACUAAAACGUGUAACCGCAGCACUCUGCACUGUCUUGUUUCCAUUACACUAUAUCAAAGCGAUGUCAGAAAACCAGGGACUGGGCUACCGCCAAACCGUGAUUUCCUUCUCAUUACACACCAGCAAUAUAUAAAGCUCAAUAGCCCAGGCUAAUGAAAAGAACAUAGAUUUUACAAGCUUCUAACUAUAAGUUUAGCUAUUCAAGAGGAAAAGCUUUGAGAGUUGUUUUAAGAAUAAACUAUUGUGAGAGGACUGCCGAUUUAGGCAUAUGGCGCACUGCCCAUACCUAAACAGAAAGGCUGUACCUCGGGCCAGCGAGGCCAGGUGAGGCUGGAAAGCAGCACCAUCUCUGUGGGACGUGGGCACUGGCACAGGCCUCUCAAGGACCAUUCAAGAACUCUGGAUCUGGAGAACUCAUUGUUUUGUAGUAUCUGGUGCUUCACUAUGUCCUCCUACACCUGCUACACACAUACACGCCACGUGCAACCUGACAUCACAAGGGCGCAGAGAGGAGAACUAGGGUAUAUUUGGACCCAUCAAUGCUUCAAGGUGACUCUUUUAACCCAGAUCCAAUUAAAGCCAUAUGGCAUCCAGUUGACACUUACUUUUAAAAAGCUUGUCCUAGAGCUACCAUUGCUCAAUAUCAUGGAAAUGUCAACAGCCCCAAUCCUUUGCCUACACAUUAAGCUCUGGAUAAUUGCAUUAGUGACUGAAUGUUCUUCACUGUGAUGGGGGGAAGAAAAAAAAAAAAAAGGCACUAUUAUGUGUAGCAAAACAUAAAAUAUUUUCACAUGUAUGUAGGACUCAAAGUAUUCUUGCAGCACAUAACACUUCAAACCAUUUCCUUAUAUGCAAAACAGAUUUUUAAAAUCAGGAAGACAGUUGGCAAUAUUCCAAAAUACUUUCUGUAGAUACUAGUAUUGUUCAGUUCCUGUGUUGUGAUUCAUAUUUUGUCACUAUAGCAUGUUUCACAGUUGAUUGUAUUAUAAGACAUUUCUGUUUGGCCUUUUUCUUGUAGGAAAAAACCUUAAAUUUUGUGUAUUUUAACUCUUAAAAAAAUAAAUGUUCUUCAAAUAA